UCCGCCCUAGUAGUCUUCUCUUCUCUUUCUUGUAAACAGCGGAAGAAGACUUACGGAGAGAGAGAGAGUCUAGAGAGAGAAGAGAGAGAAAAUCUCCACAAGAAAAGCAGAAUCUCUCUCGCCUCCCCACAAUCAAGCCACAAGACUCGAGCCUUUCGUCAAGCGUAAGCAUUCAUUCGUCCUCGACGACUUUCUAGGGUUUCGCAUCGCAUUCGUUUCUGAUCAACCGACGAGACAUGGAAAUCAAGAGGUCAGUCACCGGUGCGAACGUAAUUAGUGUUUUCUAUCUGAUUUAGGGUUUACGUUACGUAGAUAGGGGGAAAAAUUAGAGAUUUGUCGGUAGGAAUAGAGGUAGAGAGAGAGAGAGACAGAGAGACAUAUUGGUGGUUUCUUGUCAUGCGAUUGUCGCGGUCGGUCGUGUUGUCCGAGUGGAGGAGGAAGAAUCAGCGAUUGAGUAGUUUGAGGACGCGGAAGAAGCACAAGAGGCUCGAUGCCAUAUGCGAAAAGACGUAUAAUGAAAACCGUAAUGUCGUGGAGAGUGAAAAGAAUGAUGAUUUGGAGCUUCGGAGGAGUAGUAGGGUGCGGAAGGCGCCCGAAGUGCUAGAUGCCUCGCCCCCGCCUGUGAAGAAGAGGCGUAGGUUUGACAAGAGGAGUGGGAGCGAUUCGGUUGGGAGGGGGAAGGGGAAAGAUUGGGUAAAGAGUGAGCCGACUUGUUCGACUUCCCGGGAUGUGGAGGAAGAACCCGGUAGGUGGGGAUCUAGGUUGAGAUCUAGGGGUAAGAAAGUAACUUUCCAGGUGAGGGAGAAGGGGCAUCCUUCGCUUAGAGGUAAAAGGAAGCUUUUUGAAGAUUUGGAUGGCUUUAAUGAAGAAGUUGAGGUGGAGGAUAGAGAGUUUGGUGAUGAGGAGGAGGAAUUAGAAGGUGGUAUGUCGACAGUUGUUAGGUCGAAGAGGCCGGGUAGAAUCAAAGCUUCCAAUGUACCGAGGAAUGCAGAGUUGGUGAUUGAGUUGUGUUUAGACAAAGAGCAUGGCAAGGAGAGGAAUGAGGUGGAGGCAGAGAAGGGCAAGAAUGAGGUGGAGGAAUGUCAAGAGAUAAAGGAAGCGGCGGGUUUAGAGGACAAUGCUCAGAAGGAUCAAUUGCACUUGAAUGGUGGAGAUGGACGUGGAAGCGAGCCCAAAGACGAUGAUGGUGGUACUACACAGCCUGAUGGGAAAGAGGAGAGUGAAGUUCCAACAGGUUUACAACAAGGAGAUUGCAUUGCCAAUGUCAAUGUAGAACCUUUGGAACAUGAUAUGGAGGUGGAACUACCAGAGUUUUUGGAGGAGGGAGAAAAUCAAAGGGUCUUGGUACAAGUUGGUGGAGUUCUUACGGACCAAGUGGAGGACGGAGGAUGUCAACAGAAACCUUUGGAAGGUGAGCAUGCCACAAAGUUUGAUAAGAUGGAUUGUGCUUCGAGUGGUGUGCCAAGAAAGACUUGCAUAAGAGUUGGGAGAAGAUGUGGCUUGUGUGGGACAGGGACUGGUGGGAAACCUCCGAAGAAAUUAGUGCAGGAUGGUGUUGGGAGUGAUCAUGAGGCAUACGGCGGGUCUUCAGCAUCCGAGGAACCCAACUAUGACAAGUGGGAUGGAUUUGGUGAUGAACCUGGCUGGCUUGGACGCCUCUUGGGUCCAAUAAAUGAUCGUUAUGGUAUUGCUGGAAUCUGGGUUCACCAACAUUGUGCAGUAUGGAGUCCAGAGGUUUAUUUUGCUGGCUUGGGAUGCUUAAAAAAUGUUAGGGCAGCCCUUUGCAGGGGAAGAGCAUUAAAAUGCACCCGCUGUGGGAGGUCAGGAGCAACAAUUGGAUGCCGCGUUGAUCGUUGUCCAAAAACCUACCACUUGCCUUGUGCACGAGCUAAUGGUUGCAUUUUUGACCAUCGAAAGUUUCUCAUUGCCUGCACAGACCAUCGGUACAUCUUCCAACCUCAGGGAAGUCAGUACUUUCACAGGUUAAAGAAAAUGAAAGCCAAGAAGAUUAAGAUGGAAAUGAAGAAGCUGUCAAAUGAUGCUCGGCGGAAGGAUGUUGAAGCAGAAGAAAGAUGGUUAGAGAAUUGCGGUGAGGAUGAAGAAUUUUUGAAACGUGAAAGCAAGAGGCUACAUCGAGAUCUGCUAAGAAUUGCACCUGUCUACAUUGGUGGCUCAAAUCCUGAAAAUGAUAUACAGUUUCAGGGUUGGGAAUCUGUUGCUGGGCUUCAAGAUGUCAUCCAAUGCAUGAAGGAGGUUGUCAUUUUACCAUUGUUAUAUCCCGAGUUCUUUAGUAAUAUGGGGCUUACACCUCCUAGGGGUGUUCUUUUGCAUGGUCAUCCUGGAACGGGUAAAACGUUAUUAGUUCGCGCAUUAAUUGGUUCUUGUGCUCGCGGCGAUAGACGAAUAGCUUAUUUUGCUCGCAAAGGAGCAGAUUGUCUAGGAAAAUAUGUGGGUGAUGCUGAGCGCCAGCUCAGACUUUUGUUUCAGGUUGCUGAGAAAUCUCAGCCAUCCAUUAUAUUUUUCGAUGAGAUUGAUGGGUUGGCACCUUGCCGUACAAGGCAGCAAGAUCAGACCCACAAUUCUGUUGUUUCCACAUUGCUUGCUCUAUUGGAUGGUUUGAAAUCACGUGGUUCUGUUGUAGUAAUAGGUGCAACAAAUCGCCCUGAUGCUGUUGAUCCAGCUUUAAGACGGCCUGGUAGGUUUGAUAGGGAAAUUUAUUUUCCACUGCCAUCGGUCAAGGACAGGGCAUCUAUUCUAUUGCUUCACACGCGAAGGUGGCCCAAGCCAGUCACUGGAUCAUUGCUUAAUUGGAUUGCUAGAAAAACUGUAGGCUUUGCUGGUGCUGAUUUGCAGGCUCUUUGUACUCAAGCAGCCAUUAUUGCUCUCAGGAGGAACUGCCCCUUGCAAGAACUAUUCUCUGCUGCUGAAAAGAAAGAUCCUCACAGUAAAAAUCCUCCUCUUCCCACAUUUUCUGUGGAGGAGAGGGAUUGGUUGGAGGCUCUUUCAUGUGCACCACCUCCAUGCUCUCAAAGGGGAGCAGCAAUGGCAGCAAAUGACGUGGUAUCCUCGCCUCUCCACAGCCAUCUGAUCUCUUGUCUGCUGCAACCACUGUCAAAAUUGCUUGUUUCCCUUUAUCUUGACGAACGUCUCACGUUGCCGCCUCCUCUUCAUAAAGCUGCUGGACUGGUCAAAAGCGUAUUUGUUUCUGCUUUGGAUAAGAAGAAAGUGACAAGUGAUUAUUGGUGGGUCCAUGUCCAGGACUUGCUUCAAGAAGCAGAUGUUAUGAGGGAGAUUGAGGUUAACCUUUCACAUGGUGGCAUUUUAGUUCGACAGGCUGGCUAUUCCAAUUUUGAUGCUUGGGAUGAGGAUACUAAUGGUGGCAGUUGGAAGUUAAAACAUCUGAAAGGGAGGCAAAUCAGUGGUCACCCUAGUUUGUCAGGAAAUAUGUCUGAUGAAUCAGGAAAGAAGUUAGGAUUCCGGAUGCUGAUUUCUGGGAGCCCCAGAUCUGGCCAGAGGUAUCUGGCUUCCUGCCUUCUUCACUGCUUUGCUGGGAAUAUGGAGAUCCAAAAAGUCGAUUUGGCUACCAUUUCCCAAGAGGGACAUGGAGAUGUUAUGCUAGGAGUAACUCGAAUAUUAAUGAGAUGUGCUAGUGUAAGCUCCUGCAUGAUAUACCUGCCGAGAAUUGAUUUAUGGGCCAUAGAGAAUGUCGACAAAAAGGAGAAUGACUCCUCUUCAGACUCUGAAUCAUCUGAGGAAAUGUCUUUUGUAAAACAUAGUCAAGUUGGCAAAAAGGAAAACCAAUCCUGUGAGAAGAAGGUAUGUGAAUCAUCAGUGGUGGCGGCAGUCUCUCAAGAUGCUUCACUGAAAACAUCUCAAAUCUGGAGCUCAUUUGUUGAGCAGGUGGAUUCAAUAUGUGUGUCUACAUCUUUGAUGAUUCUGGCUACUUCAGAAGUGUCAUUUCCAGUUCUCCCUCUGAGAAUAAGGCAGUUCUUCAAGAGUGAGGUAUUGGAUUGCAGUCCGUCAACUGCUUCAGAGGAGACCAUCCCCCGAUUCUCCAUUCACCUUGAUGGGAAUUUCAACCGUGAUAUUGUAAUCAACACAUCUGCUGUUGAGUUAUCAAAGAUGAUAAUUCAUCAAUUUGUUCAGUUGAUGCAUCAUAGAACUCAUGUUGUUGCCAGUUCAUGCAUUGAUAACAGCUCUGACACCCUUAAUGGAGAUGCAAAUGAAGUGUGUCAUAAUAUGGAUCCUGGACCCUCAAAUGAAAAUGAGAGGGAACAAUUUCCACAGAGUUCGGCUAUGAAGGUUUUUAGUCCACCGAACAGUAGACCUGCGAAAGGGAAAUCAAGCGUGUUGUUGGCAAUCUCUACAUUCGGAUACCAAAUUCUAAGGUAUCCCCAUUUUGCAGAACUUUGUUGGGUCACAUCAAAGUUAAAGGAAGGUCCUUCUGCUGAUAUAAAUGGGCCUUGGAAGGGCUGGCCCUUCAAUUCUUGUUUUGUUCGUCCAAGCAAGUCAUUAGAGAAUGUGGCUGUUGAGUGUAGCUCAAGUAAUAAUAAAGACACGGAAAAAUCCAGUUUAGUUAGAGGCCUGAUAGCUGUUGGUUUAUCAGCCUACAGAGGUGUGUACACUUCACUUAGAGAAGUUUCCUUCGAGGUUCGGAAGGUUUUGGAGGUUCUAGCUGGAGAGAUUAAUCUUAAACUUCAAGCUGGGAAGGAUAGACAUCAAUUUAUUCGUCUUUUAUCCCAAAUGGCCUAUCUUGAAGACGUGGUUAAUAGCUGGGCAUAUUCAUUACAGAGUUUGGAUGUGGAUGCUCAGACAGCAGUGCCAACCCCCAAGGUAAGUAUUUUGGGAUCUCAAGAUGAUAACAAGAGAGGUGAGGAAAGUAUACCGCAAAAUGACGUGUGCGAGCAAGAUGUUUCUGUUAAAACUUGUCAUGAAGUUGAAGUGCUGGAAAGAAGUCUCCUAAGAUUUGACUUGAACAAAACAGCAGAGGAAGUCGAUCCAACUUCGGAGGGAGGAGUUGUUUCAGAAGGGUCUCCAAUGGACCAUUCUGCCCCUGAUUUACAUUUUCCAAGUUCAGCUGACGCUGCUGUUCUGUUGGGUGGUAAACUAUUGAAUGAACAGAAUGGCAUUACUUCUGAACCAAAUCCUGGUAAUCAUUCAUCUGUUCGUGGAGAUUCUGAAUCCUUGAGACUUUCUAAUGGAUUUGCAUAUCCUGAUUCUGGCACUGGUUUGGGUGAUGAUAAUUGCUCUGGUGAACAAGGUGGUAUUAAGCCCAUUAGCUCCAAAGAAGCUGAAAAUCAGCAUAAUGAUUCAACAAUGGCGAAUGGUUUUGAAAAUGGCAUGGCGAGCUCUGAUGAUGAACACAACACAGAUGCUAAUUUCCCUCCACCAAUUUGUAAGGACUCUGGUAUUGCGUGCUUCUAUCGUUGUUGCUCCAAAUGCCUUUUAAAAAUUCACGACAUGGUGCGGAAGAUUCUCACUCAUGAAUGGGGAUCGAAAGAGAGUGGCUUAACAGUAGAGGAUGUCCAUGACGUGGUUUCAUCAGUAUCUGUGAAUCUCCAUUUAGCAGUAAGGAAAUUGUGCAUUGCUGAAAAUUUGUCUGCUUUAUUUGACGAAAAACUGAGGCGCAAGACUAUUGGAAAACUGUUUGAUGAUCAAGAAACGGACGCCGCCUGUGAGUGUAAAGGUUCCGAGGACGCAACAAUGGUGCAGAUGGAGUGUAGGUGUCAUUCAAGUAGCAAGAAUGGUGACACUUCCAAAAGAGUAAAUUCCUCUCUGAAUGCUAUAAAAGGUUUCGAUUUGGAAUUCAUUUGCAGAAAUGGUGUGCUUUCCCCCGUGGAAACUGACAAGAACGUUUCCUUUCACUGUAAAUUCGAAACUUUAUGCCUUUGUUCAUUUAUAGAGUGCAUAGCAAUGACCAAGCGGCCUUCAGAUUGGUGUGAUGAUGUUGUCACAUCAAGAUUUUGAUCGGCUUUGCCUUGGCAAUUUUGAUGCCGUUGCGGAAUUUAGGUGUGGUAUGUGCUUGCCCCCAAGAGAUGUAAAAAAAAAAAACCCAAAUUUUGUCAUCCUGAGUUCAUUCUAUUGAGUUUUUCUCCAUGAGAAACAAGCAAAGGCAGUGCUGUUCUUUGAAUUUCUCUUUACGCAUAGGUGCCUUCCAAAUUUUGGCUUUGUACAUAGAAGUUCUGGAAAUGCAAGUGGCCUUUUAAAGUUA